AAGGGGGCCUUCCUCACUCCACCACCACGCAUGCCCAGUAGACACAUUGUCCCUGCUCUUGUUUAUUUAGUGCUGCCCGUAGCCUAGCGCCUCACUUCUCGCCGCCAUGAAGGUCGUGCUCCUCCUGUGUUUACUCCUGCUGGGGUCCUGCUACACCGCCUCCGUGUUGGGGCCCAUCGAGAGCAUCCAGCAUGGCAGUAACGGUGUGGCUGGACUCGAAACUCCAGACUCUACGCGUCUCUUAGCUAUCGGCGACGCGAUACUCCUGGCCAUGAAGGAUCUCAUCUACCAACAGGAGAAACUCAUUACAGAACGUCUCAAGAGGAUUGAAGCGUUGGUGAGCCACAAGUGCGGGGAUCCUGAUGACCUUGAUGUGUCAGUGAACGAGGUCAACACCAGUGAUAUGAAGACCUCAGCAGCAGAUGUGUUGGACGGGUUUAUGGACAAGAUGUCUUCCUUGGCUCAGACAUACGCUGAUGAUCUGCGUCAAGAAUUUCGCGCUGAGACCCAACAAGUGGUCAAGAUGAUGAGGGAAGAAAUAUCUACUUUAGUAACAAACUCUGAACUUCAUCAAGCUGGAACUAACGCGCCUGUUAAUAAUAAGAGAAUGACUUAUAGUGAGGGCGGAGUCGAGGAGUCCACCACACACGUCAUGGCCGCUGUUGAGGGGAAGACAACUUUAAUAACUCGUGACGACCUCGACCAUCGGCUGGGCUUCGUCAACCACCAGCUGGCACAGAUCACCAAGCUCCUGGGUAACGUCUCCACCGCUGAGGUCCUCGACUACAGCCGGAAGACAUUCAAGUCACUAGAUGCCUUCCAGCCUCUGUACGACUCCUUGACGAAGGUGGUGGAGAAGUGCGAGGUGAAGGAGGGUCAAUACUACCACCUGGACCGUCUGGAGAAGAUCCUGAUGCACCUGACGGAGGAAGUGGACGAGAACGGCGAUGUUCUCUCUGGCGUGACAGUGGCCCUUGAGGAAGCGGAGAACAUGAUGAUGGAGAGGCUGCAGGCCCUGGAGGAGAUAACACAGGCGCUGAAUAAUAAUUUGAAGGUCGCCCCAACCAUCACCAUCCCUCAGUCUACGAGUACUACUCCCCCGGGUACUCUGAGCACUUGCAUGGACAGCUUGUUCGUUGGGCCACACGCUGCCCAAAAGUCCUCCAACCUGUGCAAGACAGCAAUGCGGUACGACAAGUGCAGCCUGCAGAUCGUGGCCUACCAUUGCUGCCGGACGUGCACUGACGCUGGCCACAUACCCGAGAUCGGUCCCCACCGCUUUCUUCACUACCCUCGUCUCGUCAACCUCAACCCCGGCCUGUAGUCCUUACCAACAUCUUUAUAUCUUAGUCCGUACUUGACCUGCACCUGGUCGGGAAAUAUAUUUCCUGGUCCGUAGAUAUAUUUUCUGAACCGUAGAUAAUCUUGUUGGUCCGCAGAUACUGGACCGUAAACAGAGGGACCGUAACUUGUGGUAAACUAGCAUUAACUGGUUGUGGUCAGGGUAUGUUAGUGGUUCCUCCACCAAUAAGAUAUAACAAAAAUCAUUUACUAAAGACGAUAUUAUUUACAUGUUACAAAAACCUUAAUAAAAGCGUAAUAAUAA